GCUCUGAAGGGCUUUGUAAUGUAAAACCAUUUUUAAGUCUCUUCCAUGGCCAAGGGCAAUUAUUCAACAGUGUCUGGAUUUAUUCUUGUGGGACUCACAGACAAUUCGGAGCUUCAAUCUUUUCUUUUUGUCGUGUUUCUCAUAAUCUAUUUAAUUACCGUCCUUGGCAAUCUUGGUUUAAUUGUGCUAAUCCAAAUCAGUCCCCAGCUGCACACACCCAUGUAUUUUUUUCUCAGCCACCUGGCUUUUGUGGAUUUUUCCUUGACCUCCUCCAUCACCCCAAACACUUUGGUGAAUUUUCUGCAGGAAAUCAAAAGCAUAUCAUUUUAUGCAUGUGCCAUUCAGGUGUGCUGCUUUAUCACAUUCGUCGUUUGUGAAAUGUUUUUGCUCUCCAUCAUGGCCUACGAUCGCUAUGUGGCCAUCUGCAACCCUUUACUCUAUGUCAUCCUCAUGCCCAAGAAACUCUGUUAUCAAGUGAUCAUAAUCACGUACCUCUACGGUUUCACGGUGGGGGUGGCUCAGGUAGCGGUCACAUUCCAGAUGUCUUUUUGUGACUCCCACCGGCUCAACCACUUCUACUGCGAUGAUGUUCCCUUAAUGGCUCUGGCCUGCUCUGAUACUCGUGUCAAAGAGUGGAUGCUGUUGAUCAUUGCUGGUUUCAACAGCUUCUGCUCUCUCCUGACGGUGAUGACGUCUUACAUCUUCAUCCUCUUGGCCAUCCUGAGAAUGAAGUCAGCGGAAGGAAGGAAGAAAGCCUUUUCGACCUGUGCUUCCCACCUGACGUCCAUCACAAUCUUCUAUGGGACAGUCAUCUUCAUGUACCUACUGCCCAAGUCGAGUGACUCUCUGAACACAGAUAAAUUUGCUUCGGUGUUUUAUGUGAUAGUGAUCCCCAUGCUAAACCCCUUGAUCUACAGCUUGAGAAAUCAGGAAGUAAAGAGUGCCCUAAAAAGAAUUAUACAAAGUUCUGCCUGGCGCUCAAAUAAUUAA